UACACCACUCCCUCCUCCCCUGUUCCCCCCCCCGCUCUCCCCUCCCCCGCCAUCGCCUGGCCUCUCCUCCGUUUGAGCCUCCCUCGCUUCCCUGGCAUCCGGCACGACGCCCUACCCGGAAGCAAUGCCAUCCCCGCCGCGCUCCGGAAGCAGCUUCACCAUGUGCAUGGCACGGGCCCGCUCGGCCGCCCUCCUCUUCGCCGAGGAUCCAGGUCCCACGGCCGGCGCGCUGGAGGCCUCCCUGCGUCAAGCAUCCAUGUACCACCUCUCGCCUGAGCACCCGGCUCGGAUGGCGGACUUGCGUGUGCAUCUUCGCCAUUUGCCCACCCUGCUGAGUCUUGUUGGGCUGAAUGUGGCAAAUGACCGGGCCCCAGCCCUGCCAGCUGGGGUCCUCCGGUGCCCGGUCCAUCGAGGAGGUGCUCGAUGUCAGUUUGACCGGGCCAUUCGCCAGGCGACCGCCGAUGUCGUGGCCGACUACCUGCGCAGCGGCCCCCCACCACUGCCCGGGGCUGGGGGGUAUCUCCCUCUGUCGGGCUUGCUCGAGCUCCUGCAUCUUAUCCAGGCGGCCAUCAAUCGCGAGCUGCUGGCCAUCCGGCUGUUUGACAUUAUCGUUCGGUCGGGGCAGCCUAAAGCCCCCGCUCGGGCGGCCCUGUUUGCCCAGGCAGCGGGCUGGCCAGCCCCCCUCGCCCCGGUCCCCCCAUGCUCCAGCAGGCUGACCGUGAGGACGAUCUACAAUUCGAUGAGGAUGUUCCGGCUGCUGGGUCUGCCGGAUGUCCCACUCCGCCGUGCCGAUGUGCUGGCCAUGAUUCGGAAUGGCGCCCGUAUUGACGCUCGCCCGCCGGGCUCCACGGCCUCCGGGCGGGUAUCCUAUUCGGCCUUUCGCGCGCUGGCCGCGCAGGCAGGCGCCCUCUUUUUGGAAGACUCUUAAUGCCGGAGGCACCAAAAAUGUGGCGCCCCCUCCCCCACGCGUGGCAUGGACAUGAACAUGGCCAACAAAAAAGAGCAGCCGGCGUGCAAAAG